CGCGUGGAGAAAGGCCUGCGUCCGGCGGUCGCGCGGCCCCGCUGGGUGCCGAACCCCGGAAGAGGCUGCACUUUUCCCUCCCGCCGGAGGCGGCGGCCGCGGGUCCGAAGGCCAUCUCCCGCAGCCUGCAGACCCUCAUCCAACCACGACUCCGGCUCUGGGGCCGAGGAGCAACAUGGAGGCCGAGGACCUCCAGGAGGAGCUGACCUGCUCCAUCUGCCUGGACUAUUUCGAGGACCCGGUGUCCAUCGAGUGCGGCCACAACUUCUGCCGCGGCUGCCUGCGCCGCAGCUGGGCGCCGAGCGGCAGCCCGGUCCCCUGCCCCGAGUGCCGGCAGCCGUCGGCGCCCGCCGCGAUGCGGCCUAACUGGGCCCUGGCCCGGCUGACGGAGAGGAUGCGGCGCCGGCGCCCGGGCCCCGCGCCCCACGGCCUGUGCGGCCGCCAUUGGGAGCCGCUGCGCCUCUUCUGCGAGGACGAUCAGCGGCUCGUGUGCUUGGUGUGCAGGGAGUCCCAGGAGCACCAGGCCCACACCAUGGCCCCCGUCGACGAGGCCUUCGCGAGCUACCGGGAAAAACUUGUGAAGACUCAGCGUAGUCUGACAGCCAAGAUGAAGAAAGCCAUGCAUUUGCAGGACAUGGAAGCGAAGAACGCUGCAGAGUGGAAGGAGAAGAUGAAGAAUCAGCGAACGAGAGUCAGUGCGGAGUUUGCAAAGCUGCACGUCUUCCUGGCUGAAGAAGAGCAAUUGUUUCUUAAGACACUGAGCCAAGAAGAAGAAGAGACAAAGAAGAAACAGAAUGAGAACACAUUAAGGCUCAAUCAAAUGAUCACUUCCAUGAAGGAGCUCAUCUUCGAGGUGGGGGAGAAGAGCCAGAGCUCCACCCUGGAGCUGCUCCAGAAUCCAAAAGAUGUGUUGACCAGGUGUGAGAACCAGGAUGUGAACUACUCCUUUGAAGUUCUAAAGGUGAAGACCGUGUGCCGGCUGCCGAUGAUGAAGGAAAUGCUGAAGCGAUUCCAAGUGGCUGUAAAUCUAGCUGAGGACACUGCUUAUCCCAAACUCGUCUUCUCCCAGGAAGGGAGAUACGUGAAAAAUGGAGCGUCAGCCAGUUCUUGGCCACUAUUUUCUACAGCGUGGAGCUACUUUACCGGAUGGAGGAAUCCUCAGAGGACCUCAGACUUUGUGGAGAGAUUUCAGCACUUACCCUGCGUUUUGGGAAAAAACGUUUUCACCUCAGGGAAACAUUACUGGGAAGUUGAGCGCCAAGGUAGCCCGCAGGUUGCUGUGGGGCUGUGUCGGGAGGACGUCAUGGGGAUCACUGGUGGUUCAACCAUGUCCCCCCGCACGGGAAUCUGGGCUCUUUGUUGGAGCUCUGCCGGCUAUUGGCCCCUGACAGGCGUCUCUGCGAGGCCCACCAAGCUAGAGCCAGCGCUUCACCGGGUGGGAGUUUUCCUGGAUCACGGGGCUGGGGAAAUCUCAUUCUACAGUGCUUUGGAUGGAGAGCACCUCUACACUUUUUCCUGUCCUUCCAUCUCACGUCUCCGGCCGUUUUUUUGGUUGAGUCCGUUAGCAUCUUUAGUCAUCCUACCAGCGACUGGUGGGAAAUGAGGCUGUUCUUCUCUGCCCAAGAAUCUUUGCCUGGUACCCCAGCCCAGGGCCAUACAUCCCUUGGCCCUCAUCUUUGACUCCAUAUAUAAAUCCAUCCUGCGUGGUCCCUCAGUUCUGUGCAUUCAGAUUCCAACUUCACAUUUUGUUCAGCCCCCCGGACAUCAUGUGCGUAGACAGACGUGGAAGUCCCUGCUGGGUAUCUUUCCAGUAGCCACUUGGCCCCCUUUUUCUCCUUCUCUUCUGGUUCUUCCUAACUGAACGGUUCAGGACGCGCCCUCCAUCCACAUGCUUCAGGGAGAGACAGGCCCACAGGAGGGAAUUCUGGCCAGUGAGGUGGGGUGAGAAAUUCUCUAAGGUGCAUCUGAGGAAAGUGUUUUAGCUUUUAGGAAGAGAUGUUUGGGAAGCCACAGCCCCUCUUCGGAUGUUAGGUGUGCCGGCACCGAGAGGAGCCCAGUAACAGUGGCAGGAGGAGGAGAGGUGUGGUCUUUGUUGGCAUCGUGAAAUGGCGGGAAUUUCCCUAAUCCCGAAUUGCUUGUUAUAUGAGAUUAUUGCUUGUUUAUUGUAUAAGGCAGUUCUGGUUGCCUUCCGGUCACUUGCAGGCUGAAGUAUCCUAACCAGUGCUAUGGGCACAUAGCUUGGACAUCUCACAGUAUAGGCCUGUCUCACUCUUUCCCUGCAAUUUGACAGCUUCAUAGAAUCCCUUUCUGUUUCGUCAUGUAAUUCCUCUUCUUUGCAGUAAGUACUGAUAUUCCUCACUUUCUUGGAUUGGAAAAUGGAGGCAGUCCUCCCCUACUCUGCCCGUGUUGGUACUCUUCCCCUGAGCGUGUCUCUGCCCUCAAGGGUUCAUGGCGCUC